AUGACAUCCAGAAACUCAAAGCAAAGAGAUCUCAGGGAAAUUUUAAGGUCUAAUUCAGAAUCGACGGGCAGAAUGAGAGCCGACGUAGUGAUGAAAGUUUAUGCUUUGCUGAUGCGACAUGUCUUUCCAUCGAGUGGUGGAGAAAACCAAGAACUUCUUACAGAUGUCCAGGACCUAGAACAAAACAAGAGCGACUUUAAAUACGAAGCAACUAUGGUAAGGAUUUCAGCCCUUGGAUGGUCGAGCGAUCUCCGUAACUUACCCGAGAUGAAUUUCAUUCAGCUCUACGAUUACCUCGUUGUUUCCACACGAAAGUAUCGCCACAUCGUGUUGAAAGGAACGCAUUACAAAAAGUUGAAAUCUUAUCAGUGCUUCUUUGAAGGAAACGUGAAAAAACUGGAGAGUAAAGUCUUUGAAAACAAAACAUAUGUUAAGGCAAAUGUUCUCCCCUCUAUGAAGAAAACGCCUUACAGAGAUAUUCUCGAGUUCUCACGUACCUACGAUGUGCUACGCGCAGCGUGUACGUGCCCUACUGGCCUCGGUCUCCGAGGAAAAGGAAAAUACAACCACAUCGGAGUGCUGUUUGCUAUCGAGGAUUUUAUAAGAAGAGGGUUGCAAAAUAACUCAGAGCCAUUAACCUGCACAUCACGGCUCUCAGUGUGGGUGAUACCGCGCAAUCAAAGUGUAGCAGCGAAGCCAAUCGACAAAGUAUUGAUCAGAAAGAUUCGAUUCAGUAAGAAGAACAUAAGAACCCAGCCAAAAAAAAUAAUAAAGUUUGAUCCUAGGGCCCCAGACAUGAGAACACGUGAUGAGACUAGCUUCAAAAAACUCUGCGAGAACCUCCAAAACUGCUUGCCCUCAAGUUCCUUCUUUCUCUUCCACGGUAUCAAAUCUAAAUGCAGAGGUAUCACCUUUCAAUCAGCCUCAAACAAUGGACAGAUCGAUCCACAGGAAGUACCCUUUACUGACAAUUAUGACAUUGCAACGCACAGGUUUAAAAGUAUUGUAGACGAAUAUGUUGCAAAUUUAACAGCCACUAGUGAAGAGAUUAUCGAAACUGAAAGGAUCACAAGGGGUCAAAAGAAAAACCCCUUGUGGAUUGAAAAAUGA